UUCGAUACUUUCGACACAGUACUAGUUUAUAGCUUUUAAUGUACACAUCUAGCAAAUAUAAUAUCGGAAAAUUAUGUUGGAUUUUAAUUAACAGAAGAAAAUUUGAUAUAAAGCAAAAUAAAAUAGAAAAUCGUAUAUAAGAUUAUAAUGAUGGCACGACGGGGUGGCAAGAGAAUUCGGAUGAAUGAUCCGCCGCCAGAAUAUGAAGAACAAGGUGAAGUGUUAAAUGAAAGUACAUCCGAUGGAGACAGUCCUAUGAAGCGUAUGACUCGUCUCCGUGCGAGGGGAGGAGUGCGUGACAAGCCUCCAAUAAUCGAUGAUGAUGAAGAUGACUUUUUUGCACCGGUUGCGCGCAAGAGAAAACAACCAGGGCCCCGAAAGCCGCCAGGCGAGCGCCGGGAACGCGUGGAAAGACCACGCAAGGAACACAUCGAAAAAGAGCAGGAGCGUGUUGAUAUGGAACGAGAUGUAACCACUGAUGAAAAUAGUUUAUAUUUUAUUGUGCGCCAUUCCAAGUCAGCAAUAGCGAGUAUUGUUGAUGACUGGAUUGAAAAGUACAAACAAAACAGAGACUCUGCAUUAAUCGCUCUAAUGCAAUUUUUUAUUAAUGCAAGUGGUUGCAAAGGAAAAAUAUCCGAAGAUAUGCCACACCCCAUGGAACAUACAGCAGUAAUUCGAAAAAUGACUGAGGAAUUCGAUGAGGAAAGUGGCGAGUAUCCCUUAAUAAUGCCUGGGCAACAAUGGAAGAAAUUUAAAAUGAAUUUUUGUGACUUUGUUCAAACUUUGGUUAAACAGUGUCAAUAUUCUAUUAUAUAUGAUCAGUUUUUAAUGGAUAAUGUAAUAUCGCUUUUGACCGGUCUCUCUGAUUCGCAAGUUCGGGCAUUUCGCCACACUGCAACUUUAGCAGCUAUGAAGUUAAUGACCGCUUUGGUUGAUGUAGCAUUACUUGUAUCUAAUAACUUUGAAAAUGCUGCUAAACAAUAUGAAGCUGAGCGGGUUAAGUCACGAGACCGACGGGCGUCAGAUCGACUAGAGUCUUUGAUGACGAAGCGAGCUGAACUUGAAGAAAACAUGGAUGAAAUAAAGAAUAUGUUGACCUAUAUGUUCAAAUCCGUAUUUGUGCAUCGUUACAGAGACACCCUGCCAGACAUCCGAGCUAUUUGCAUGGCUGAAAUCGGGGUGUGGAUGGAAAAUUAUCCACAAAAUUUCCUCGAUGAUUCAUAUUUAAAAUACAUCGGAUGGACUUUACACGAUAAAGUCGGUGAAGUACGGCUACGGUGUUUACAAGCGCUGCUGCCCUUGUACGACAAAGAAGAGCUGAAAGGAAAAUUGGAACUUUUCACAUCAAAAUUUAAAGAUCGUAUUGUCGCUAUGACUUUGGAUAAAGAGUUUGAGGUCGCAGUACAUGCAGUGAAAUUGGUUAUCAGCAUAUUGAAAAUACAUCCAGACAUAUUGGCCGAUAAGGAUUGUGAAAUUGUUUAUGAACUUGUCUAUUCCUCGCAUCGUGGUGUCGCACAAGCGGCAGCAGAGUUUCUAAAUGUACGUCUUUUCCAUUUAACUGCUGAUAUGGAAGAGACGAAAACAAGACGGGGAAAAAUACGCCUGCCCAAUACACCACUCAUUCGAGACUUGGUACAGUUCUUCAUUGAGUCCGAACUACAUGAGCAUGGUGCUUACCUGGUGGACUCUUUUAUUGACAAUAACGCCAUGGUGAAAGAUUGGGAGUGUAUGACCGACCUAUUGCUCGAAGAACCAGGUUUGAAUGAAGAGGUAUUAGACAAUAAGCAAGAGUCCACUCUUAUCGAAAUUAUGGUUAGCAGUGUGAAGCAAUCGGCGACAGGCGAAGCUCCUGUUGGACGUGCUAGUAAUCGAAAAAUAACUUUAAGCUCAAAAGAAUUAAAGGCAAUACAAGAUGAAAAAGUACGUCUAACCGAACACUUCAUUGCAACACUUCCGCCUCUGUUAGAGAAAUAUCAAGCGGAUAGUGAAAAGUUGGCAAAUCUAUUAGCUGUACCACAAUAUUUUGAAUUAGAUAUAUAUACUACAAAUAGGCAAGAAUCGAACUUGCAGGCUUUGUUAGAUAAAAUGAGUUACAUAAUGUCAGUGCAUACGGACCGUGAGGUACUGGAAACGUGUGCUAAAACACUUGAGUACUUAUGUACUGAAGGAAGUGCUACCUACACACGCUGUGAUGUGGCACGUUCGAAUAUAAUCGAUAAUGCGGUAAACAAAUAUAAAGAUGCUAUUGAUGAUUGGCGUAACCUGAUAGCAGGCGAAGAACAACCAAAUGAAGAUGAAAUCUACAAUGUAACAAUUUCACUUAAAGUUAUAUCCAUACUCUAUGCUUCACAUAAUCUCAAUCCUUGGAAUCUAUUCGACUCAAUUUUCCAAGACGUCGACGAGUGUCAGUCUAAAGAAAAUACAGGUCGUACACUGCCUAACGAAGCGUUGAUCUAUUGCAUCGAAGCCUGCUACUUUUCGAUAAGUUGGGGUCUACAUUUUGUGGAAAAUCAGUGUGAGAGUAGUAACGUUGCCACCGUAAGCGCUGAAUUGCGCGAUAAUCUAGUGAAGUAUAUAGCGGCUUGUUUUGAAUUAACACGCGAUGGGCCAACGGAACAAAUCCAAGAGUCGGCAUAUCAGUCCAUAUGCGAUCUUUUAAUUGUGUUUUCGGAUCAACUUUCAAAGAAUGAGAAUGAAAAUAUACGCAGCUUGGAGUAUAAAUCAACGCUGGACGAGCAGCUCAUACUGAAUAAUUUCGUACAGCAUUAUGUUUUUACAAUUAAACAAGAAGUUGUUCAAGACGAGACACGAAUCGAAGAACUACACAAAAAACGUAACUUCCUGGCCUCCUUCUGCAAACUAGUCGUCUACAAUAUAAUACCUACAAAGAGUGCAGCGGGAAUGUUUAAGCACUAUGUGAAGUGUUAUAAUGAAUAUGGUGAUAUCAUUAAAGCUACACUUGGCAAGGCGCGGGAAAUAAACAAAAUUAAUUUCGCUUUGACUUUGCUGCUCAGUUUAAUAGCAGUCUUCAAAGAGCUGCAGCAACAGUCUGAUAAUGAUAUCAUUUCAAAAAACUCACACGAAUUUUCCGAUUUAAAGGAAUUGGCUAAGCGUUUUGCAUUGACUUUUGGUUUUGAUGCUAUUAAAAAUCGCGAACCAGUCAUUGCACUACAUCGCGCCGGAAUACUCUUUGCUGUAGGCGAUGUACCUGAAGAUCCAGUGGCGGCACCAACACGACUUUUAUUCCUUGAAGUAUUAAAUGAGUUUAACAACAAAUUGUUAAAGCAGGAUAAAAAGGUUAUAUUGAGUUUUCUUGAUCGUCGUAUAUCGCCGGGCAUGCCUUCUAGUAGAUCUGAGGAAUGGCAACCACUUGUUCUAUAUCGAAACUCACUACUACAUGGCGAAACUGAUCAAGCGCCAGUGGCAAAACGUGCUUAUGCGAGAAAGCGGAGAGAUCAUGAUGACGAAUAUGAUGAUUAUGAAUACGAAGAAGACCAUAAUGAUGCGUAAAUUUUAAGUUUAAAGUAGUCGUAUUAUAAAACUAAGCUUAGUUUCGUUACAUUAAGAACAUACACUUGUUAUUAGGAACUACUAAUAAGGAAAUUUGCAAAAUGUAAAUUUUUAAAUAAAAUAUUGAUUAUUCUGAA